AUGCAACGCAUCGAAAUGCACAUCCACCGCGCCGUCUUGAGACGCAGAAGUUACUCAAGAGCCCCGACAUUUCUCCGCUCUCGCAUACGCGGAUUGUCCACAGGAUUCAGAUCCGAUACUAUCCCGGACCUACCUCAUAUCAUUGUCGAUGAGCUCGACUGUGCCCAGCAUACCGACCACGUCCGCAAUGUGAAUGAGCAGCUCGAGCGCCAUGGAGUUCUCCAAAUCAGCUUGCACUUUCAGGACGAUGAAAGCCAGUACCUUCGAAACCUAGUGGUUAGCCUCCACAAGCAGCACGGUCACGGGCUGCCAAUCUCUCACAGCGCCACCAAGGGAUGGUUUUGGGACGUGCGGCCUCAAACCACCAAUUUCCAGACCAAGGGCCACCAGGCUAGAUCCGAGACUAUGCAGGAGUUUCCCUGGCACACCGACUGCAGCUACGAGGAGUGCCCACCUAGGCUUUUUGCGCUUCAUGUCCUCCAACCAGAUCGCUGCGGUGGCGGCACGCUUUCCACCAUGAAGGUGGAUAGUUUGUGGGAAAUGUUGUCUCAAAGUUCCAGGGAUCAUCUCUGCCGACCCCAGUACAAGAUCCGUAUCCCCUCGGAGUUCAUCAAGCGACACGACCAGCAUCAUAUUAUUGGUAGCCUCCUGGCCGCAGGUCAAAAAGGCGAUUCGGCGCGGAUUCGCUUCCGCGAGGAACUUCUGACACCGCUGAAUAAUGCGGCAGAAAUGGCGCUGAACGAACUGAAAGAGAUUUUGCAAAAGCUCAAGACGGAUUCCCGGCAUGUUCUGCAUCUCACUCCGGCCGAGCUACCUCGCAACUCAAUCCUUUUGAUGGAUAAUUAUCGGUGGCUUCAUUCCCGGAAUCAAGUCCGGGACCCCGCUCGUCAUCUCCGUCGGGUGAGGUGGGAUGCAAGUUUGUUUGCUAUAAACCCCCAAAGCAGUGGCUAA